GUGUCACAUUGAGUAGAACUCCCAGUGUUUUUUACCUUAUGCUCUAUACCACAAGGCCAGCAAAUUCUUGAUGGGAUUUCAACUUAAGUUCUUUGGUUUUUCGGUUUGCCUACUGUUAACCCUAAGCUUCUCUCAUGGAAAGAACGUGACAGUUAAGGUAUUUGGACUCAUGCAUUGCAGAGAGUGCAUCAGGCAUGACUUUAGCAGCAGCCAAGAAUCCAUGGGGAUCCACGUCUCCAUAAGCUGCAAGUCCAGGAACAGAGAGACGAAGCCACAGGGAAAUGGAGCCAUUGACAAUGAAGGAAAAUUUUAUGUAAUGCUAUCUGCUGAGAUCACAAAACAUGGAAAUCCCCUAGACGGGUGUUUUGCGAAGCUUCAAAGUGCAUCUGCUGCACCAUGUCCCAUACAAAGUGCCCAGACGGCAUCAGUCAAACUCCUUGCCACUGAGGAAAAUGCCACACAAGCAGCAUACAAUAGGCCGACAAUAAUACAGUUCUCUCCUGUGACAUGCCAAUCAGCCAUCUUUUGGCCACUACCCAACUUCACAUUUUUCCCCAUUGGGCCACCUCCCACAGGGGAGCCAAUGGGGUUUGCUCCACCACCUACCGAGGCUCUUCCUCCACUUGCAACUCCCAUCCAAUCACCAACUCCUCCACAUGAAAUUUUUUUCCCACCAACAGCCUCAUAUUUGCCGCCUGUUCCAUCUCUUCCACCACCGAAUCCAAAAUUUGGUGAUCCAUCUCCACCACCAGAUGUCAACUUUGGAACUACAUCACCAGCUCCAGCAUCACCACCCUCAUAUUUGCCGCCUGUUCCAUCCCUUCCACCACCCCCUCCAGAAUUCCGUGAACCAUCUCCACCACCAGAUGUCAACUUUGGAACCACACCGACCACGCCAGCACCAUGGUCUCAGAGCCCACAAAACAAACCUAAUCCUAAGAGCAAGGGCACAUCUCCUCCACCUAUCCCAAAAUAUGAGACACCACUACUUCCUCCACAAGUUCAGCCAUCCAAUGCACCAAUUCCAUCCCCAACUCCCAAGUUCCAGAAGCCAAUUCCUCCACCAUUUUCUGAGCACCCAUUACCAAAACCGCCUCCUCAAAGCAACCAACUACCUCCUCCUCUCACAUCACCAUUUUAUCAAACGCCUUACCCCACACCACCUCCAGUUCUUCCUGCCAUUCCACCACCACAUGGAGAACCCCAUCCUAAGACACCAAAUGCUCCACCACCAUUUGCCCAAAACCCAUAUCCUCCACCACCAAAUCCCCAACUCAGAACGCCAAUACCAACUUCCCCUACUGGAUCACUAAACCCACCAAAUCAGGGGAACCCAAAUGCCAUCCCCAGAGCUCCUCCUGUUCCACGGCUUCCUCCAAUCCCCACAGUCCCAAGAAAGUACUUCAACCCACCAAAAUCAAAAUCCCAACCUCCACGUUCCUCUUACUUCUCCCACCCCUGAUUUGUGUUCUUUAGGAGCACCGGGCACAAAAAGAGCGAUCGUGCGUUACUUCUAUAUAUAAAUAAUAACCAUAUAUUUAUUAUUGAACUGAAUUGUACUAGUACUAUGUGGAAAUUUUGUGCUCAGGUAAAUAAAAUCGUGGUCAUGUAGAAUAUUA